GGUGGGGAGGAUAGAAAAUUUAUUAUUCAUGCCUCUUUUUAGAGCAAUUGCAGAACUGGCUUUGUUGUGGCCCAGAUGACAUACAUCUAUUUAUAUAUUUAAGCCGAGAGCAUGGACAUUUUGUUUCACUAAAAAAAAAAAAGUGAGCGAAUGACACUGGUGGCCCUCAAAGUAAAAAGCACUUGCACACAAAAAAAAGGAGAGGAAAAAAAAAAAAAGAAAAGGGGGCUGAAGUGGGCUGAAGCAUGGGCUGUGCUUCAAGUAUUCAUAUCUCUGAUAGGGUGGUCUACCACGGUGGAAAAGAGUCCGAGGAUUCCCACUCGCCCCAGCAGACGAACACCACUCAGCAUCAAGGAAAUCCUGUCUCGGGACUACCCCUCAAACCUCUGAGUUGCAAGACCACAUUAACAGACGUGCAAUUUGGACCAAUGAAGUUAUUUAAAGACCCACUUCAGGUACUUUUAGUUUUUGCCAAAGAGGACAGUCAGAGUAAUGGCUUCUGCUGGGCUUGUGAGAAGGCCAACUACAGGUGCACCAUGGCACGGACGCCCGAGUCGGCCCUCGAAUGCUUCGCCGAGAAGCUUCACGACCUCGUCAUCAUUGACCACAGACAUUCCAGACACUUUGACGCUGAAGCACUAUGCCGGUCAAUGAGAGCGGUCAGCUCUUCAGAAAACACUGUGAUAGUCGCUGUUGUGAAGAGGCCAGACAGGGAGGAAGCCUCUGUGAUGCCUCUGAUCAACGCUGGCUUUAAUAGGAGAUAUGUGGAGAAUGCCAACAUGAUGGCCUGCUAUAAUGAGCUACUGCAGCUGGAGCAUGGAGAGGUGCUCGCACAGUUCAAACUGAGGGCUGGCAAUGCUAUUUUCACAGCUUUAGAACAAAGCCAAGAGGCCAUAGAGAUCACUUCUGAAGAUCAAGUCAUUCAGUAUGUAAAUCCUGCCUAUGAGUCCGUUAUGGGCUACCAACAAGGUGAGCUCAUAGGGAAGGAAAUAAUAGAAGUGCCUAAAAGUGAGAAGAAUAAGCCUGAUCUCCUUGAAACGAUAAACUCCUGCAUCCGAAAAGGGAAGGAGUGGCAGGGGAUUUAUUAUGCCAAAAAGAAGAAUGGAGACAGCAUCCAGCAAAAUGUGAAGAUCACACCUGUAAUUGGACAGGGAGGAAAAAUAAGACACUACGUGUCAAUCAACAGGCCUUUAAAUGAUAAUAAUAAGACUGAUAAAUCAAGUGAACGAGUGCAAGCCGAGUCGCAAACAGACAUCCAAUCCAGUAAGCACAAAGACCGGAGGAAAGGCUCUCUGGAUGUGAGAUCCACAACGUCUCGGGGGAGCGACGGGAGCUCACAGCGAAGGCACUCCUCAAUGGCCCGAAUCCACUCCAUGACGAUAGAGGCUCCCAUCACUAAGGUCAUAAACAUCAUCAAUGCAGCACAGGAGAGCAGUCCCAUGCCUGUGGCAGAGGCCUUAGACCGGGUACUUGAGAUCCUAAGGACCACGGAGCUCUACUCCCCACAACUGGGUACCAAGGAUGAAGACCCCCAUACCAAUGACCUCGUUGGAGGACUGAUGACGGACGGUUUGCGCAGAUUGUCGGGAAAUGAAUACAUCCUUUCCACAAAACAGCCCCACCACAUCCCCAGUCACCUGGCCACUCCUCUUUCCCUAAACGACAUCCCCCCUCGGGUAGCUCAGACCAUGGAGAGUGAGGACUCUUGGGACUUUGACAUUUUCAACUUAGAAGCUGCAACCCUGAAACGGCCUUUGACCUUCUUGGGUUUAAAGAUCUUUUCUCGCUUUGGGGUUUGUGAGUACCUCAACUGCCCUGAGGCCACUUUGCGCUCCUGGCUGCAAGUGAUUGAAGCCAACUACCACUCCAGUAACUCCUACCACAACUCUUCCCAUGCGGCCGAUGUCCUGCAUGCCACCGCGUAUUUCCUGUGCAAGGAGAGAGUUAAGCAAAGCUUGGAUCCCAUUGAUGAGGUGGCCGCCUUGAUCGCUGCCACCGUGCACGACGUGGACCACCCGGGCCGCACCAACAGCUUCCUGUGCAACGCGGGAAGCGAGCUGGCCAUCCUGUACAACGACACCGCUGUGCUGGAGAGCCACCACGCAGCGCUCGCCUUCCAGAUCACAACCCGAGAUGAUAAGUGCAACAUCUUUAAGAACAUUGAAAGGAAUGAGUAUCGAACACUACGACAGGCGAUCAUCGACAUGGUGCUUGCCACUGAGAUGACCAAACACUUUGAACAUGUCAACAAAUUUGUCAACAGCAUCAACAAGCCGCUGGCUGCUCUGGAGGAGAACGGGGGAAAUAACGAUGAGGAGUCUUCGAAAAGCAUUUUGACGUCCCCUGAGAAUCGUAUCCUUGUCAAGCGAAUGCUGAUUAAGUGUGCGGACAUUUCCAAUCCGUGCAGGCCACUGGAGCUGUGCAUAGAAUGGGCCGGACGCAUUUCAGAGGAGUAUUUUUCACAGACGGAUGAGGAGAAGAGCCAAGGCCUUCCAGUGGUCAUGCCUGUUUUUGACAGAAACACAUGUAGCAUCCCAAAGUCCCAGAUUUCUUUUAUAGACUACUUCAUCACGGACAUGUUCGACGCUUGGGAUGCUUUUGCAGACCUCCCCAAUCUUAUGCAGCACUUGGACAACAACUUCAAGUACUGGAAAGGCCUGGAUGAACGAAAGCUGCACAGCCUGCGACCGCCUCCGGAGUAGGCGCUGCACUCCUGCUUGAGUUGUGUGCGCGCGUACAGAAAACGCAGUCCUCAACAAUGACGUUCUGACAGGCAGCUGCGGCGCUACUAUUAUGCCGGCUCUUACAAGCUUGUCCGAGGAGAUCUAUGGGGGGAAGAAAAAAAAAAAAAAAGAAAAAGAAAAAACAAAAACGGACGUGGACACACGACAGCACCCUUUGGGAACUUCUCAUGCCUCUCAGGCGUUUGCAGUGUAGCUUGAGAAGGGGUCCGGACAGGCCUCGUGAAUAAGCUUCAAUCCCGCAUGUACCGCACGGGCUCUCCUGCCCGCCUGUGAAGCUGACCUUGGCGUUUGAGGAGAAACUGCUUGUUACUGAAGGAGCCAGCAACACUGGAGGACAGAAUGGAAACACGGUGCGAAUGUAUGAAGGCGUUCAAUACGAGGCAGGUCAUACAAUCGCCUUCAUGCUCCAUCCUUGUUCAUUCAGCAAGGCAGGACUGUUCCUUCUGCCUCUGGAGGCUGAAAUAUGAAACGCUCCCCCCCAUGCCCCCCCCCCCCCCCUCCCUCCCUUCAAUCAUUGCCCGUGUAUUUCCAGGUGUCCUACAGAAACGCAUCAAAGUGGCAUACAGUAACUGGCACGGGGGAGGGGAUCUUGUCCUGGACAAAAAUUAUAUUAUUCUGUAUGCUCACGUAUUUAGACUUACCAUAUUUUCCAUAUGAAAUAUCCUAAUUGAACUUGCUGGUAAAUAAGAAAAUGAAGAGAGAAAAAAAAAAAAAGAGCCAAAGUUAAUGAAUUCAGAUACUACUAUAACUCUCACUAUUAUUCAUAUGAAACAUUACCAUAUUCAACAUUUUUAUUUUCUUAUCAAAAGUACAGUACCAGUUCAAGACUUUUGUAUUGCACUGUAAACCAUAUAAGAAAUGUCUGUCUCAAUGUCUGGGGAUUUGGGUUGUCGCAUUGGAGAAUAAGCUGUCAUCGUUGAUCAUCAGGAGUUGUCAUGUGGAUGCAAGCAACAAUUCCCCGCUCUUGCUUUCAUGCUGUAAACCGCUUGACAACAGCAGAAAUGUGAAAAAAAAAAAAAAAUUUAGGACUUGAAAUUAUUAUUAUUUUUUCCUCUCACAGAUUUGUUUUGUAUCUGGUUUAUCCUACUGAAAAGACUGCCUUAUUUUAUACAAUAUUUAUACAGUACAUCCCACUGUGCAACUGCAAGAGACAUCUGGAGUUUUUAUAACAUAGUCGGGUUAUGUUCAAAUAAAUCUCAAUAUUUUUAUAGACUUUUA